AUGAGCAAGUCCAGCUCAUCAGCCGCAUCUUCUGGAUUCGCGCGUCUGGCCCUGCUCGACGACCGAGAUUCGCUUUAUGGCGGUGCCUCUUCCAGCUGCGUCGCGUCCACGUCCUCCCUCGAGACUACUCCGCAAGACUCGCCUUUGCAUUCACCUUCUUGCGCUUCGCCCGACGCUCUGCAUCCAAGAAGCGCGACACUCUCGUUCGCGGCUGAAGUUCUCGCAGCCGAGGCAAGAGCUCUGCAAGCUGCUACCAUGCGCCUCAAGACCGACCCGGAUACCGCUGCUGGCUUUGACGCAGCGAUCAAUGUUGCCAUCCAGACCAUCUCUGAUGAAGGCAAGCUCAUCUGGUGUGGUGUGGGCAAGUCCGGCCUCAUUGCACGUAAGCUCUGUGCAUCUGCCUUGUCGCUCGGUCUCUCCUCUGUUUUUUUGCACCCGACCGAAGCGCUGCAUGGCGACCUGGGCAUCGUGCAUUCUAAGGACGUCGUCAUCUUGCUGUCCUACUCUGGCUGCUCGUCUGAAAUCACCGCAUUGCUCCCUCACAUUUUUGCGCGCGGGACGCCGGUUGUCGCGUUUUGCGGCAAGCCGUCGAGCCAGCUCGUGCAGCAGUCUCGGGCAUGGGUCGACUGCCGCAUGCCGCUUUUGCAUCACAACCCAACAGCGGCAGCAAUAGCGACCGGUGGCAUCAUUGCGAAUUCGACGCACACGGAUAAAAUGGAAGGAGAAGCAUGGGCAGAAGUCCCUGCGCCGAGCAGCACGACGACGCUCACACUGGCGCUAGGCGAUGCCUUGAUCUUCACGAUAGCAAGGGAGCUGGGCAAGGGCAAGAGAGACUUUGCUCUGAAUCAUCCCAAUGGUGCGCUCGGUCAGGCGAUGCGGGAUCAAGGAUUGCUCACAUGUGCUGCAGCUGGAUGA